GAAGGAAGGGCUGUCACAGAAUGGAAAAGGUCUGGAACUACUCGGAGAGCACACUCGGGAACAACUUCCUCAGGAGAGGAAAAGCGAGGCAGCUCCAUUGUGGGCCCCGAGGAAGGGAGACAACUUGGAGAGAGGGAGUGGGUUCCUCAUUAGUUGCCACCCAUCCCCACCGGAGGCCGCUUGGAGGGGCACGGGAGGAAGGCGAGACGUUUCUUCGCAGGCAUUAGAGAGUGAAACUGCCCGAGGAAGACACUUUCUUCUCGCACCCCCAGAGGCAGGAGCAGCAGCACUUUCCAUCCCUGGAUGACAAGCCCCAGUUCCCCGGGGCCUCGGCGGAGUUUGUAGACAAGCUAGAAUUCAUCCAGCCCAAUGUCAUCUCUGGGAUCCCCGUCUAUCGCGUCAUGGACCGGCAGGGCCAGAUCAUCAACCCCAGCGAGGAUCCCCACCUGCCCCAGGAGACGGUGCUCAAGUUCUACAAGAGCAUGACUCUGCUCAACACCAUGGACCGCAUCCUCUACGAGUCCCAGCGGCAGGGCCGGAUCUCCUUCUACAUGACCAACUAUGGCGAGGAGGGGACACAUGUGGGGAGUGCGGCAGCGCUGGACAGCACGGACCUGGUGUUUGGCCAGUACCGGGAGGCAGGUGUGCUAAUGUACCGGGACUACCCCCUGGAGCUGUUCAUGGCCCAGUGCUAUGGCAACGCGAGCGACCUGGGCAAGGGGCGCCAGAUGCCCGUGCACUAUGGCUGCAAGGAGCGCCACUUCGUCACCAUCUCCUCUCCACUGGCCACGCAGAUCCCGCAGGCGGUGGGGGCGGCCUAUGCGGCCAAGCGUGCCAACGCCAACAGAGUGGUCAUCUGUUACUUCGGGGAGGGGGCGGCCAGCGAGGGGGAUGCCCACGCCGGCUUCAACUUCGCCGCCACCCUCGAGUGCCCGGUCAUCUUCUUCUGCCGGAACAACGGCUAUGCCAUCUCCACGCCCACCUCUGAGCAGUACCGCGGGGACGGCAUCGCUGCUCGAGGCCCGGGCUACGGCAUCAUGUCCAUCCGCGUGGACGGCAACGAUGUGUUUGCCGUGUACAACGCCACCAAGGAGGCCCGGCGGCGGGCCGUGGCUGAGAACCAGCCCUUCCUCAUUGAGGCCAUGACCUACAGGAUCGGGCACCACAGCACCAGUGACGACAGCUCGGCCUACCGCUCGGUGGACGAGGUCAAUUACUGGGACAAGCAGGACCACCCCAUCUCCCGGCUGCGGCACUACCUGCAGGGCCGAGGCUGGUGGGACGACGAGCAGGAGAAGGCCUGGAGAAAGCAGUCCCGCAAGAAGGUGAUGGAGGCCUUUGAACAGGCGGAGCGGAAGCCGAAGCCCAACCCCAACCUGCUCUUCUCUGACGUGUACCAGGAGAUGCCGGCCCAGCUUCGCAAGCAGCAGGAGUCCCUGGCGCGGCACCUCCAGGCCUACGGCGAGCACUACCCCCUGGACCACUUCGAGAAGUGAGGCCCGCUUGCCCCAGCCCACCCCCACCCACCUCAACUCCCCCGAGGGGCAGCCCCAUUCUGGGGGGUGCCCAGGGAGCUGCAGGAUGCCACCCUGCUUCCCCAGCCAGCCCCCUCUGAAAUACUGGGGCCAGGACUCCAGCCAACCAUCUCCACUCCUCCAGGCUGUCACCCUGGGUGGGGGUUGGGGGGGGGCUCCGUCAGCCCCCUCCUCGCCUGUUACAGUGCCUUCUCCCAGGGGCUGGGCCAGGACGCCUCCAGGACUAGAAGCCCCUCUGGGGUGGGCAUGGCGGGUCAGCCUGUGGAAGUCACUCCCUCAAAAUGAGAGGUGGUCAGCAGGUGGCCAAUAAACUCUCUGUGUUUGGCUCUGUGCCA